AUGGGAGUUUAUGUUGCUUACGUUUACGUAAUAGAAUUUCAGAAAAGAGGACUUCCGCAUGCGCAUAUGUUGAUUUGGUUAGAAGAAUCAGACAAAAUAUUGGACCCUGCAGCAAUCGACCGUUUAAUUUCAGCAGAAUUUCCCGACCCUAUCGCGCAUGCCAACUUGCACGAAUUGGUCAAAGUACAUAUGCUUCAUGGACCUUGUACCAGUGCUCGAUGCUUAGAUGAAGAAGGACAUUGCAGCAAACAAUUCCCGAAAUCUUUGCGUGAAGAUACCUUAUACAAUCCCUCUGGAUAUCCGUUAUAUAAAAGACGGCCAAUAGAAACACCUAUACAUAUAGGUCGAAGAACGGUAGAUAAUAGUUGGGUUGUACCAUAUAACGCUUAUCUACUUGAAAAAUACGAAGCUCACAUUAACGUGGAGGCUUGCUCUUCAAUGAAAAGCGUAAAAUAUUUACUUAAAUAUAUAUACAAAGGAUUUGAUAGAGCUCAAAUUGUCGUACGAACCGUGGAAGAAGACGGUCAAACAACAACUAUCCAGGAACCUAUGUACAACGAAAUUCAAAUGUUUCUGGACGUUCGCUAUGUUAGCGCGCCUGAGGCGAUGUGGAGGAUUUAUACAUUCGAAAUGCACGAUAUGUCUCAUGCUAUUAUUAAACUCUUUGUACAUCUUCCGAAUAUGCAACAAGUCUAUUUUAAUACAAAUAGUACCAUUCCUGACGUCGUAGAAAGGGCCGCAACACAACACACUACGUUAACAGGAUGGUUCGCCUUAAAUACCCAAGAUGAAGAAGCUAGACAAUACACAUACGUACAGAUAGCUUAUAACUAUGUGUGGAAAAUAACACAAACAAGAAUCUGGGUAGAACGUCAACGUCAUUUUAAUCGUAUAAUUCCUAGAUUAUAUUUUGUACAUCCUAGAGAAGGUGAAAGAUUUUAUCUUCGUCAACGUCUUUUGCAUAAAACAGGAUGUAGAUCAUUCGAAGACAUUAGUACUGUACAUGGCCGUACGUACGAAACGUUCCGUGACGCUGCUAUUGCGAUGAACCUUCUCACGGACGAUAGUAUUUGGUUCACCAUGUUGCAAGAAGCUAUACACGUACAACUUCCACGAGCUCUUCGUCGUAUGUUUUCACAGAUGUUGCUGUUUUGUGAAAUCGAAAAUCCAUUAGCAUUGUGGGAACAAUUUAAAUAUCAUUUAUCUGAAGAUUAUAUACGACGCUUAAAUGAUAACGACCUAGCCUACAACUAUGCCUUGGCUUACAUCAAUCGAUACCUAGCACUACAAGGCAAAUCAAACAGAGACUUUCAACUGCUCUUACCCACUGAACCAGUAGAACACCUAAUCGAAGAUGAAUACGAUUAUGAUCAAUCAGAAGAACAAGAAAUUGCUAAUAGGAACAUUCCCCUUUUAAACCAAGAGCAACGACGUAUUUUUACCGAUAUACUUUUAGCCGUAAACGAAAAUGAAAGAGUUUCACAUCGUCUUUUCUUUAUUAAGGGAAUUGGAGGUGCAGGAAAAACAUUUCUAUUGAAUACACUACUGACUUACCUACUAGGAAAUAAUCACCGUUACAUUGCUAUCUGUUAUACAGGUAUCCCAGCCAGCUUACUGAAAAAUGGCCAAACGAUUCAUCCUGCUUUUAUGUUACCGGUUCCAUUUCUAGAAAAUUCAACGUCAAGGAUUCGCAAUCAGAGUGCGAUUGCUGAUAAUAUUAGAUAUUCAAAAAUUAUUGUCAUUGAUGAAAUAUCGAUGGUACAUAAAAGUAUAUUUAAUGAAAUAGGUAGGAAGAUAAGAGAAAUAAUGAACAAUGACAUUCCACUUGGCGGCAAGAUUAUUAUAAUUCUAGGCGAUUUCAGGCAAUGCGCACCUAUCGUUCCAUUGGCCGGCAAAAAUGAAACUAUUUCUGCAUCAGUGAAAUGUUCCCAACUAUGGCAACACUUUGUUAAGUACGAUCUUCUUACGAACGUUAGAGCACUGCCACAGCAAAACGAGUUCAAAGAUUGGCUCAUGACCAUAGGAAAUAAUUCCGAAAUUUUACGUCACUUAGAAAAUGGCAGAGAUACUAUAGUCAAAGUUCCUAACCAUAUUAUUGUAGAAAAUGUUACUGAAAGCAUUUACGGUAGCAAUUUAAUUGAACACGAUUUCCGUUAAACAUUCAUGUGAAGGAUAUCAAUGCAGUUGUUUUAGAAAAACUGCCAGGCAGAUCACGACAAUAUAUAGUGUUGAUAGUAUUAUCCGAGAAGACGAUACAACUGAAAAUGCUGCUGAUGAUUUAGAUUCCGCAUGUCCACAAGACUUUUUAAAUUCUUUGGAUGCUCCAAGACUUCCUCCCCACAUUCUUACACUAAAGAUUGGUGCAGUUAUCAUUUUAACGAAGAAUUUAGAUCUAAAGAGAGGU